AUGGAACAUCAGGACAUAGUCAAGAAAAAAGGGUCGCUGACAGUUAUACUGGCCCUGGCCACGUUGAUUGCUGCUUUCGGGUCAUCCUUCCAAUAUGGAUACAACGUGGCUGUUAUCAACUCCCCUUCAGAGAUCAUGCAGGAGUUUUACAAUCAAACCUACUAUGUAAGAACCGGGGAAUACAUGUCUUCUUUCCACCUGACCUUGCUCUGGUCUGUCUCCGUGUCCAUGUUCCCCUUUGGAGGCUUUGUCGGAUCCCUCCUGGUCGGCCCCUUGGUGUCUAGACUUGGCAGAAAAGGGACCUUGCUAUUCAACAACAUCUUUUCCAUCAUACCUGCAAUCUUGAUGGGCUGCAGCAAGAUGGCCCAGUCAUAUGAAAUCAUCAUUUUUUCCAGACUUUUGGUGGGAAUAUGUGCAGGUCUGUCUUCCAACGUGGUCCCUAUGUACCUAGGAGAGCUGGCUCCUAAGAACCUGAGGGGAGCUCUCGGAGUGGUGCCUCAGCUCUUCAUCACUGUUGGCAUCCUUGUGGCCCAGAUCUUUGGGCUUCGGAGUCUCCUCACAACUGAAGAAGGCUGGCCGAUUCUCCUGGGACUGACCGGGGUCCCCGCAGCUCUACAGUUGGUGUUCCUGCCUUUCUUCCCUGAGAGCCCCAGGUACCUGCUGGUUCAGAAGAAUGACGAAGCGGCCGCCAAGAAAGCAUUGAAGCGUCUUCGUGGCUGGAGCAAUGUGGACGAGGAAAUAGAGGAGAUCCGGCUGGAGGAUGAGGCAGAGCAGGCCACAGGCUCCAUCUCUGUGCUGAAGCUGUUCAGCUUGCGGUCCUUGAGGUGGCAGGUCAUCACCAUCAUCAUCCUAAUGGGUGGCCAGCAGCUGUCUGGUGUCAAUGCGAUCUAUUACUAUGCAGACAAGAUCUACAGCAGAGCUGGCGUGAAGGCGACUGAUGUCCAGUAUGUGACUGCAGGCACAGGGGCCGUCAACGUGCUGAUGACUAUCUGUGCGAUUUUUGUGGUGGAGCUGCUAGGCAGGAGACUUCUCAUGCUCCUUGGCUUCUCCGUCUGCUUCACAGCCUGCUGCGUGCUGACUGCCGCCCUGGUGCUGCAGGAGACAGUGUCCUGGAUGCCUUACAUCAGCAUCACCUGUGUCAUCUCCUACAUCAUAGGACAUGCCCUUGGGCCCAGUCCCAUUCCUGCACUGUUCAUCACCGAAAUCUUCCUGCAGUCGUCUCGGCCAGCCGCCUUCAUGGUGGGGGGCAGCGUUCACUGGCUCUCCAACUUCACCGUGGGCUUGAUCUUCCCUUUCAUUCAGGAUGGCAUGGGGGCUUACAGCUUCAUCAUUUUUGCCGUAGUAUGCCUUCUUACCACUAUUUACAUCUUCAUGAUUGUCCCUGAGACCAAGGCAAAGACAUUUAUGGAAAUCAAUAAGAUUUUUGCCAAGAUGAAUAAGGUGUCAGAGGUGUACCCAGAAAAUGAGGAACUACAGGAUCUCCCACCUUCUGCUUUGGAUCAGUAG